GUUUAAUAAUUAGUUUAGGUAUCGUUAACUAAAAUGGAAAAGGAAAGGCGGUAAGAGCUGUUGAUUUAGAACAAUAAUUUAUUUUGCAGAGAACUAACUUAUCGACUAACUAAGCCUAGUGGACAGAUUAUUGUAUUUGCUGCCUUUAAAUAAUAAUUGCAGCUUAUAAUAUCGAUCAAAGUCAGUUAAACAAUAGUUAAUCGUUAAAAAUUAAACAAAAUUAGAACAUGGAAAAGAAAAUGAAAAUGAUGAUAAACAAUGUACUCAGUAUAAUACAUUAGUUAUAUAUUGUUAUAAGUAUUCUCGAAUUCUGUACGUCAAGUAUUCCAAGGCUGCAGAAAUAAUGUCAAUAAUUUUUGGUUCCCAAAAGUUUAACCUUAAGAACAAUAGUGAAAUGUAGAUUUAAACACUUUGGUGGUUUUCAUUCAUUUAAUAUGAUUGAAGUUAGGCAUUAGCAUGAUACAACUUGAAGAACUGUAAGAUAGUGACAUCAGAUAUUUCUGAAAUAAAAAUUUCUUUUCCUAUGUUCAUUAUUUCAAAAACUUAUUUCUUUAUCUAUUACUUUUAUUGUUUAGCAAUAUGAUACGUAAUUAAUUGAGAUAAAAUAUUUGGCAAUAAUUUUGUUUAAAAUGAAGCAUAUAUUCUCUUUCUCUUAUCCAGUUUCGAAUUUGGUACUGUAAUCGAUUCCUGUUAACUCGAACGUUUGUACGUCAGAAAUUUUCAAAGAUAAAAUAUGUUGAAUAAUUUUCUGUCACAUUUGUGAUGACAACGUAUUAAAGUUUGAAAAAUAGAUUCAGUAUGUCUUGUAAUAUUUGUCAAACGAAAUUUUCCUUCUUCACAAGAGAAGUUGCUUGCCCCGGCUGUGGUUUUUCAUGUUGCAGUAAGUGCCUCAAAUAUAAAUGUAAUAUUCCAGAUAAAGGGGUGAAAAAGGUCUGUGGACGUUGCUUUAAUAAAUAUAAUUUUACAAGUACCUCAAGCUUUAAUAAUAAUAUCGAAAUGAAUGGCCACGAAGAACCAAUGGCUCCAGUGGACAUUACAAAAAAACUGGACUUGUUGGAGAACCCUGUGAAGCCUCCUAUUGUAAUGUACAAACAUACAAAUCAUUGGGAUAGAUUUAAAACUGGGUUAGAACCAGCUGAUCAAGAGAUAGUUGAAAGAUUAAGAAAAUUGAAGGAGGAAGACAAAACUACAGCUUUAAGUGUAGAUGAGAUAAAACGGAGAUUAGCAUUGCUAAAGGAUGAAGACCCAGAUGUUAGGCAGCACAGAAUAAAUAUGCAGCAAGUAGAUACCAGAACAGACCAACAGAAAACAGACGAUUUAAUACAGGAAUAUUUGAAUCAAUUGGAACUAUCCUCGGGCAGCGAUUCGGUUAGCGAAAUUCAAGCAAGGCUAAGAUCACUACAAGGCAUUAGUGAAAAACCUAUAGAACAUUCAGCUAAUGAUGACAAUGAUGAUGAGAAACACGUAACAAAGAAAUUAAUUGGGAAAGCUUUGGCAGAAGCAGAAUUGGAGAAAAAAUAUGAGAAAGACUUAGAAGAGGAUGAAUUGGAAGAAAUGGAACUCGAGGAGGCAAAACAUACUGAUGACGAAGAUGAAAAACCUAGCUGCGUAAUGUGUGAACAAACUAAAGAUUUACAGCGGUGUUUAGGUUGUCACGGCGAUCUAUAUUGUCCUGUAUGCUUUGAAGAUAAUCACGAUGAUUUGGAGUUGAAAAUGCACAAAAGAGAACCAGCAACAAGACGCAAUCAAUUUUAAAUGGGAUAGUUAGAAACUUUAGAGAAACGCUUCGCAAUGAUUCACGUAUAGUUUCAUUGCUAAAAACACUUUCUGUAUAAUUUUUACAAACAAUACUUAUAACCAGCAUCGUCACCUGCGAUUUUGAUAACGGAAUACUGUCAUUUAAAUAGAAGCAUUCCUCGCAAAGUACACUUACACAUAAAAUAAAUAAUACAUAAUUAUAGUAAGCUGUAAGUUUAAAGCCAAGAUUGUGAUUGUAUUAAUGCGUGUCAUUAAAAAUUAUUGUUGCAUUACAUCUACUUUCAUAGUAAAUAAUUUUAUAACAAUCUCAGUUUGACAGAUUUGAUAACAGAUAUUCACGCUUUUGCUAAAAAACAAAUUAAUCUUCAAGAACAACAAAUUAUUUGUUCAUAUAGCGAACUCUUCCUUUAUUAAUUUCACCACAAACAAAGUUGUUGAGUAAAUAAAUACAUGGACUUCAAUUAG